CUUUGCAGUCAGCGUGGGAGCAGCUCGUUUGGAGGCCCAAGACUUGACAUCGCCAUGGCUUUCCUUUCUCCAACCGUUUUGACGGCCUUCUCACUCUUAGCAGGGGCUCAGGCCGCCUCUUUCGUUUGCUCCGAAGACAGCUCCUCGUCGUAUACGGCCACCAAAGACUAUGCGGGAUGCUUCAAAGGCGGCGGUGGUUUCUUCAACAAAGGGAAGCUGUAUUCCAUCGCCAUGACCCCCCAGGUUUGCUCCGACUACUGCGGAGAGAGAGGGUUUGCCUACGGGGCGAUCUCUUCGGGAACGUGAGUUAGUCCGGACACGCCUUCGCGAGUGAAAUAAGAGACAAGUGAAGGGCUGAACUAGGUUGUGUCAACAGUCAAUGCCUGUGUGGAUCGAGCAUGAGCGACGCGCCUGCUACGUCCGAUGAUAAGUGUAACACGGAAUGCCCCACUGAUCCUUCGCUCAUGUGCGGAUCGUCCGGCUACGUGUCUGUGUAUAAAAUCACAAACCCUGGAAGCCGUGAUGCAUCCGCCGUUCCUGUUCCGCCCGCCUGUCAAACCUACCCGCUCUGCGAGCACCCCGUCUGCGAUGUUUCGAAGAGUAUCUCCGAACGGGUUGCGUCGCUCGUGGACGACAUGAGCGUGGAGGAGAAGGUUCGUAAUCUCGUCGAUGCCUCCGCCGGCGUCAAGUCGCUGGGGCUCCCACCUCACGCCUGGUGGAACGAGGGCCUUCACGGGGUUGGCUUUUCCCCUGGCGUGCUGUUCGCAGGAGACUCGGAGCCCUUCGGUCACGCCACGAGCUUUCCCUUGCCGAUUCUGACGGCGGCAAGUUUCGACGACGACCUCUUCAAUGCAAUCGGCCAGGUCAUCGGCAAGGAGGGUCGCGCUUUCAGCAACUACGGCUAUGCAGGCUUCAACUUCUGGACGCCCAACAUGAACGCGUUCCGGGAUCCCCGAUGGGGCCGAGGCCAAGAGACCCCGGGGGAAGACGUUCUGGUCGUCUCCAAUUACGUCCAGAGCUAUGUCACGGGCCUGCAGGGCGGCGAUCCCACCGACAAGGUCAUCAUCGCUGCUUGCAAGCACUUCGCUGCCUACGACAUCGAAACUGCCCGGCGUGCCAACAACUACAAUCCCACUCAGCAAGACCUGCAGGAUUACUACCUGCCCGCCUUCAGACGCUGUGUGCGAGACAGCCAUGUCGGCAGCGUCAUGUGCUCCUACAACAGUGUCGACGGAAUCCCGGCAUGCAGCAGCGAGUAUUUGUUGAAGGAGGUCCUCAGAGAUACCUGGGGCUUCACCGACGACUAUCAGUUUGUCGUGUCCGACUGCGGCGCGGUGACGGACGUGUGGCUUCUGCACAACUUCACCGACACGGAGCAGGACGCAGCCUCCGUCUCGAUGGCUGCUGGCACAGAUCUAGAGUGUGGUUCCUCCUACCUCCACCUCAACGGCUCCCUGGCCGACAACCAGGUCACGCAGGAACGCGUUGACGAGGCUCUGACGCGCCUGUACAAGGCACUCUUCACCGUGGGAUAUUUCGAUGGCAGUAGCCAUGGCUCACUGGGCUGGUCUGACGUGUCGACCGUCGAUGCGCAGCAGAUUGCCUAUCAGGCUGCUCGCGCGGGGAUGACCCUCCUCAAGAAUGACGGUGUCCUUCCGCUCGCCAACGACAAAUACAAGUCCGUCGCCCUCAUCGGGCCCUUCGCCAACGCCACGACGCAGAUGCAAGGGAACUACUUGGGGAGAGCACCCUUCGUGCGGAGCCCUCUCUGGGCUUUCACGCAGCAGAGCAGCCUGCAAGUCAACUAUGCAGCGGGCACCGACAUCAACAGCACCAGCGACAGCGGCUUCGCGGAAGCACUGGCUGCCGCCAAGGAUUCCGACCUUGUCAUCUUCUGCGGUGGAAUCGACACCACUAUCGAGGCGGAGGCGCGUGACCGUGUGUCCAUCACCUGGCCAGGAAACCAACUCGAUCUCAUCAGUCAACUAUCGAUGCUAGGCAAGCCCCUGGUCGUUGCUCAGUUCGGCGGUGGACAGGUCGAUGACACUGCCCUGGUGAACAACGCCAACGUGAAUGCCCUGUUCUGGGCAGGGCUGCCAGGCCAGGCCGGAGGCUUGGCCCUGCAUGAUCUCGUCGUCGGCAAGGCGUCCUUUGCUGGCCGAUUGCCAACCACGCAGUACCCUGCCAGCUACACCGAUUGUGUUAGCAUCUUCAACAUCAACCUCCAACCAAACGGGACGUUUCCGGGAAGGACCUACAAGUGGUUCACCGGCGAGCCUGUAUUCCCUUUCGGGUUCGGUCUGCACUACACCAAGUUCGAUUUUACCUGGAAGGACACAUUAGAGCCUACAUAUGAUAUUUCCAACAUCAUUUCCUGGGCACGGUCCCAGACCGAUGGACACGUCACAGACACCACGUCUUUCACGUCAGUCAAUGUGACUGUCGAAAACGUGGGCAAUGUCAGAUCUGACUACGUCGGUCUUCUCUUCCUCUCGAGCAAGAACGCCGGCCCCGUACCGCGGCCGAACAAGUCGCUUGUGUCAUACUCGCGGGCUCGCGACGUCGAGGCUGGUGCCAGCGACCAGCUCACGCUGAAAUUAACCCUCGGCUCGUUCGCCAGAUCAGACUCCCACGGAAACCUGACGAUCUUCCCCGGUGACUAUACCUUAGAGCUGGACAACGACAAAUCUUUGGUCUUUGACUUCACUCUCACCGGCGAGCCUGUUGUGAUCGACUCCCUGCCUGUCCCAAAGGCUAGCUACGAUUUCGCUGUGCCGGUCCACAUCCAGCCUCCGUCCGACAGGCCAUUGGGUCCAGCCUAAGUACGAAGCUGCCAGAAGUAGCUGUAGAUUGCUGAGACCCUUCAGGAUAUGCACUGGGGGUCGCAUUAGCAGCGGC